UCGCUGUAGACGGGGCUUUGCGGUGGGCGGGGCCGGGAGCCCUGCGGGGUCCCGGUAUCGGUUCCGGGUCGCGGAGGCGGAACCUGUGGGAAUCGAGCGGUAGCGCCAUGCGGUUCCGGUUCUGCGGGGACCUGGACUGCCCCGACUGGGUGCUGGCCGAGAUCAGCGUGCUGGCCCGAAUCUCCUCGGUGAAGCUGAAGCUAAUCUGCGCCCAGGUGCUGCGGGAGCUGCUGGGAGAGGCCAUCGAUUAUGAGAAGAUCCUGAAGCUGACGUCGGACGCCAAGCUCGAGUCAGGUGAUGUGAAGGCUGCAAUUGCUGUGCUCGACUUCAUCCUCUCCAACGCAGCCAAGCACAAUGUGGAUGGUGAAUCCCUGUCUAGCGAGCUGCAGCAGCUGGGACUGCCCAAAGAACACGCCACAGGGUUGUGCCGCUCCUACGAGGAGAAGCAGAGCUCUCUGCAGGACAGCCUCAGGGCUGGCAGCCUCCGAUUGAGCCGCCUGGAUAGUGUGUCGUGGCGGGUGGAUUAUACACUGAGCUCCAGUGAGCUGCAGGAGGUGGGUGAACCUCUGGUGCAGCUGCUGCUGCGUGUGCGGCACCGGGAGCAUGGGGAGCCCGAGGCCGUGCCCAUGGCCGUGUCAGCGGAGAAAUUCCGGGUGCUGCUGGCAGAGCUGAAGCAGGCCCAGGCGCUGAUGAAGACCCUCCUGUGAGGACGCGGCCCGGCGGUGGUGUCACACAUAUAAUGUAUAUGUUAUGUCCGCACAAUAAAGUGCGGGAGCGAAGCCCGA